CAUCAACUGCCUGUAAAAGACGAACAUGGCCAGCAAAUACAAGCGACUCGAGUCAGGGGAACCACAAAAGAAGCAUACAAAAGAGAAACCAGAGCUCAGGAUGGUGCUUGUUGGAAAAACUGGAUCUGGAAAAAGUGCAUCAGGAAACACCAUCUUAGGAAGAAAGGGUGCUUUUGAAUCUAGAUCAUCUUCAAGCUCGAUAACUUCAGUGUGUCAGAAGGAAACAGGAGAGUUUGAAGGUCAAAAACUGGCUGUGGUCGAUACUCCCGGUCUGUUUGAUAAUGUUAAAACUGAAGAGGAAAUGAAGACAGAGAUCAGGAGAAUCAUCUCCUUUGCUGCUCCUGGUCCUCAUGUGUUCCUGGUUGUGAUCUGUGUGAACAGAUUUACAGACGAACAACGAGAAACAGUGAGAAUCCUUCAGCAGAUGUUUGGAGUACACUUAGCAGACUACACCAUGGCCUUGUUCACAUGUGGAGAUAACCUGGAGCAUGAUGGAGUCACCAUAGAACAAUUCAUCAGGGAAAAUCUAGCUCUCCAAGACUUCAUCCAUCAUUGUGGAGGAGGAUAUCAUGUUUUUAACAACCGAGAUGAUGACAAUCCCUCUCAGGUCAGAGAGCUGCUGAGGAAGAUCAGCACUAUGGUUCAGGGAAACGAACGAAGCUGCUACACCAAUGAGAUGUUCGAAGAGGCUAAGGAGUCCAUGAGACAAGCUGAAAAAGACUUCAGGAUUGUUGUUGUUGGGAAAACUGGAGCUGGGAAGAGUUCAUCGGGAAACACCAUCCUGGGAGGAAAAGCCUUUAAAACAGCAUCAGCUUCAUCCCCUGCCUCAGUGACGUCAGAGUGUCAGCAGGAAGCAGCUCUGUUUGAUUAUCAAACCCUGGCUGUUGUUGAUACUCCAGGCCUGUUUCACUCUGUGUUUACCUUAGGCCAGGUGAACACGGAGAUCAAUAGAUGCAUCUCACUGGCUGCUCCUGGUCCUCAUGUGUUCCUGGUUGUGAUCCAGCCAAACAUAUUUAUAGACGAAGAACAAAAAACCCUGAGAAUCCUUCAGGAGGUGUUUGGAGAUGAAGCCGUUUGUUACACCAUGGUGUUGUUCACACAUGUUGAUCUGAAUGUCUCCAUAGAAGAAUUCAUCACUAAGACUCCAGCUCUUCGUGAAUUCGUCCGUCAGUGUGGAGGAGGAUAUCAUGUUUUUAACAACAACAAUAGCAGAGAUCCUGCUCAGGUCAGAGAGCUGCUGGAGAAGAUCAGACUAAUGGUUCAGAGAAAUGGAGGAAGCUACUACACCAACAAGAUGUUUGAAAAGGCAGAGAGCGCUAUAACCAAAGAGAUGGAACAACUUCAGAAGAAAAACCCUGGGCUGAUGGCCACUGAAGCAAGAUAUGAAGCAGAGAGAAAAAACAAGUUUAUCCAGGGCAGCUGGGUUGGUGUUGUUGCUGGAGCUGCUGCUGGACUCGGUGCUGGAGCUGCUGCUGGAGUCAGUACUGCGAUUGCGACCGAGCUUGCUAUUGGAGCUAUUGUGGGAGCUGCAGCUUGUCCAGUAGGAGUGCUGGUUGGAGCUGGACUGGGUGUGGCAGCUGGAAUUGCACUGGAUCGUACUACUGCUGCUAAAGUGAGGAAGCAGGCGUGUACUACACAGUGA